UCCGCAUCCUGGGUUACAAGCGCUGAACGCAGUGGAUUAUUACUCUACGGAGUGUCUCUUUAUUUGUUAUUUAAAUAUAGUUUUUGUUUAAACGAAAACGCGCGUUUGCAAACUGUGUGUAAGGUGUUUCUUUUUUUUUUUUACUUUGUUCGCCAAACACAAUGGAAAUCGCAAAAACGCACUAAGAGCAUUGCUAGAGAAACACAACUGUUUAUUUAUUUUAAUCGUAAUUUUAAAUUACGGUUUUAAUUUUAAAAUAAGUGCACAAUCUGCAUUUUAUUUUAUUUAUUUGCAGUUACAUUUAGGCAGGUUUUAAACACAAGCCCCUGCACGCUGACGAUGCAACUAGUUAUUAACCAGACUGAAGAGCGCAGUUAAAAAGCCUGUUUACCCCGAGAUUUUUUGCUGAGACUCCGCGGCUGCAGUCAACCUGAGCACUCUGAGGGUAAACGGAAAAGAACCACGAAUUACUGACCAGCAUAUGUGCCGUUUGAAGUCGGGCAGGUCCAGCAACAAGAACACGACUGAUACUGUGCGUGUGGAUCAGUGGACUAGUACAUUAGAGCACGUUUGAAAACAUGAAGACCGUCAGAGAAUGUGCUUGUCAUUUUUCUUUGUUACUGUGUGUCGUGCCUAUUUACUAUACGUUAGCUUUGAAGUCCGAACCGAGAAUAACCAUCACAUAUGAAGAUCUGGACCAUAAGCUGGUGGAGCGAUUCUCUCAGAGUGGAAUCUCCAACUACAGUGUUCUCCUGCUGCACCCCAGCUCGGGGAAGCUCUACGUGGGAGCCAAGGAUGCCAUCUUCUCCCUGCAGACCAAGACACUGACAGAGAAGCCCAGAGUGAUCUACUGGAACGUGUCAGACAGCAACCAUGAGUCCUGCAAAAACAAGGGGAAGAGAGAGACGGAGUGUCACAAUUACAUCCGCUUGCUGCAGUUCCUCAAUGAGACUCACAUCUACGCUUGCGGGACAUAUGCCUUUGACCCCCAUUGCGCGUACAUCAACCUGGCCAGUUUUACUCUGGACAGACUGGAGAAUGGGGAGCUGAGGAUGGAGAGCGGGAGGGGCAAGUGUCCCUUUGAGCCCAGCCAGCAGUACACUGCGAUCGUUGCAGACGGAGUUCUCUAUACCGCCACAGUCAACAACUUCCUGGGCACAGAAUCCCUCAUCUACCGGGCAACAGGGAAGGAAGGGGAGCGUAUCCGCACAGAGACCUCCUUGUCGUGGCUGAGCAAACCUGAGUUUGUGAGUUCCGCCUUUGUGCCCGAGAGCCAGGACAGCAGUGACGGGGAUGAUGACAAAAUCUAUUUCUUCUUCACUGAGUUGGCCAGUGAGUUUGAGUUCUAUACCAAGGUCAAGGUCCCCAGAGUGGCACGUAUUUGCAAGGGAGACAUCGGGGGUCUGAAGACCCUACAGAAGCGCUGGACCACCUUCCUGAAGGCCCAGCUGGUGUGUGAGAACCCGCUGACUGGCGCCCGGUACAACAUCCUGAGAGACGUGUUCACCCUGCAGAGGGAGCCGGGGAGCUGGGGCAGCACGCGAUUCUACGGGCUCUUCACCUCACAGUGGGAGCAUGACGAGGUGUCGGCGGUGUGUGCGUACAGCCUGCAGGAGGUGGGCCUGGCACUAGCAGGCUCCUACAAGGAGGUGAAGAGGGACUGCGAGAAACCAGCGUACCCAGAACCAAACCUCCACCCCCGUCCAGGAGCAUGCAUCACGUCCUCUCUCAAGGCAGAGGGAUUCUCGAACUCGCUGAGCCUGCCAGACAAGGUGCUGACCUUUGUCAGAGACCAUCCUCUGAUGGAGCAACCUGUAGUGGCCAGCCCUCUGCUGGAGAAGAUGGGAACCAAAUACACCAAGAUCGCGGUGAGCCUGGCCCCUCUGCACCUCCCCUCCUCAGAAUUCGACAACACAGCCAUCCUGCACCUGGGCACAGACCGAGGCGAGCUGCACAGGGCAGUGGAGGUGGGGGAGCGGGCAAUGCUUAUUGAGGAGACGGUGCUGUUCCCUUCAGAGGAGCCCAUUCACAACAUCCAGCUGGACCAGGACUACUUGUAUGUGGGCUCUUCCAGCACCGUGGUGAAGCUGCCUCUAGCGAACUGUAGCCAGCACAGCAGCUGUCAGGACUGUGUCCUGGCCCGGGACCCUCUCUGUGGAUGGGACACCAGUCAGUCUGCCUGUGUGCAGCCUGGAAAGAGCCAAGUGGUUCUCCAGGAUGUGGAACAUGGAGAGGCAAUCAAGCUGUGUCCUGAUACAGGAAGGUGUGAUCCAGAGCGGGUUGUCGUAAAGGCUUACCUGGGGUCCCGCAUUGUGCUGCCCUGUGUGCCCCCCUCCUCCUGGUCCUACUGUGAGUGGAUGCUCCCCAAGCACCUCCCUACAGUGAACCAGCACGCGGACAGGCUGGAGAUCACCGUGUCGCAGAGCAGCCUGGGGGUGUACAGCUGCAGCUGUGUGGAGAACAACAUCAGCUGUGACAGAGCCUCCUACACGCUGGAGAUGGGCGACCCCACCAAGGAGCUCCUGUGCUCUGGCAGCAGGAAUUACACUGUGAUCAUCUCCUCCUUCUGCCUCUUGCUGGGUGUGCUGCUGGGGGCAAUGGGUUUCUGGGGCUUCAAAAAGUUCAGGGGCUCCAAACAAACGCAGAUUGAGCAGCACUACGCAGAGACCCCCAACUCCCCAAGCAGUCCUAGCAUCAUGUCCGAGGGCAUGCCGCUAACUGAGAAGAAGAAUGGACUGAAUGGGCACAAUGCCUACGCCAACGUGAACGAAGUCUGCGACGAUGCCCUCACCAUCAUGAAGCUCGGAGGGGCCCCUCUCGCCUUCUGUGAUGAGAGCUCCAUCUAGUGCUGGGGCAGUUCUUGAUCCAGCUCUCUGUACUCUGUGCAUAGAUGCCUGUGUGUGUAUUUGUGUCUGUUGCCAUUGUUGCUGGGUCGCUAUCCCAACCCCUCUUUGCUUCACUCCUCACAUGCUGUGGAUGUACUGCAUCAAUCACUUGCUGACCACCCCCAAAGUAUUUUUGGCAUUAGCUAAGCCAUUUCAUUUACAAGCAAAACCUGAAGCCCUAAUCUCUUUUGUCUUUUUAAACUGUGAACAUGCAGAACAGAGAAUAAAUUAGCUCUGCACUGCAGAGAAUAAAUUAA